AUGGGAAACGUUCUCUCCGCAUUCUCCCACAGUAGCGGUGGGGGUCUCACCAUAGCCGAGAAGGCGGCCUUGGAGUCGAAGCUCAAGGACCGCGAGGAGACAAUCGCCAUCCUCGAGGAGGACCUGGAGAAGAAGGAGAAGGAGUACACGGCCAUCUCCAAGGAUGCAGAGGAGCUGCGUCUGAAGAUUAAGAACCUCGACGCCGAGUCGGCCUCGACCCGCCAGGAGGGGCAGGGCCAGCUUGCCCAACUGCAGGCCGAGCUCAAGAACACCAACGACCAGGCCGCCGAGAAGCUACGAGCUAUCGAGGAGGCCGCUACGUCCCGUGCCCAGCAGCUCGAUGCCGCCAAGGCCGAGCUCGCCGCUCUCGAGGAGAAGCUCAAGGGCCUCGACGAGGACAAGCAGGCCAUCGCCGCCGAGCUUGCCGCCGUCACCCAGCAGCUGACCGUCACCAAGGAGGAGCGAGCUGCCCUCGAGGUCGCCCUCAAGGAGGAGAUCACCUCUCUCCAGGCCCAGGUCGCAGAGUCCGAGCAGAAGCUGCAGGCCCUGCAAGAGUCACAGACCAAGCUCGAGGGCGACCUCGCCGCCGCCGCCAAGGAUCUCGAGGAGCAGAAGACGGCUCUUUCAGACUCUGAGACGAGCCUCACUGCCCUCCAGCAAACCCACGACACGCUCAAGGCCGACUCCGAGUCAGAACUCGCCGCCGCCAAGAAGGAACUUGUCGACGCCCAAGAAAAGCACACCACUCUACAAAAGGCUCACGAGAGCCUCCAGGCUGGCUCCUCUGGCGACCUCGCCGCGCUGCAAAAGGACCUGGCCGACCUCCAGGCCAAGUACGACGCCCUCGAGGCGGCCAACGAGACCCUGAAGAAGGAGUCGGCUGCCGAGCUGGCCGCCGCCCAGAAGGAGACGGCCGAUCUGCAGGAGAAGCACACUGCGCUACAAACAUCACAUGACAGCCUCGCCCAGGAGGUCGAGGCCUCUAAGAAGGCCCUCGCCGCCGCCGAGGAGCAGAAGAAGGCUGCCGAGGGCGAGCACGCAUCACAGCUCGAGAAGAUCCAGGCCGACCUUGCCAAGGCUCAGACCGAGCUCGCCGACUCGCAGGAGAGCCAGAAGAAGCUCGGAGACGAGCACGCCGCCGACGCCGCCAAGGCCAAGGAGGCUGCUUCUGAGCUCGACACCAAGCUGCAGACCCUGACCGAGGAGCACGCCUCUCUCAAGAAGGAGCUGGAGGAGCGAGCCGCCAAGCUCGAGACCGUCACUGCCGAGCACGCCACGCUCCAAAAAGAGCACGACGAGACCGCUGCCAAGCUCAAGACGGCAUCGGAGGAGCACGAGACGUUGCAGAAGGACUUUGCCGCCCAGACUGCCACGCUCCAGGCCUCAUCCGGCGACAACGAGGCUGCCGUGAAGCAACACGAGGACGACGUGGCCAAGCUCAAGGCCGCCACCGACGAGGUCGACGCCCUGAAGAAGACCCACGAGGAGGAGGCGGCCAAGCUCGCUGCCGUCGAGAAGCAGGUCGAGGCCGCCGAGGCCAAGGCAACCCAGACUGAGGCGGACCUCGCGGCUCUGCAGACUGAGAAGACGGCUUUCGAGACCAAGAUCGCCGACCUCGAGUCUGAAGCACAAAAGUCCACCGAAGCCGAGGCUGCCCUCAAGGCCAAGCUCGACGAGGCCCAGGCCAGCCUGACCACUGCCGAAGCCGCCGCCAAGGACGUCGAGACUGCCCUGCAGGCCAAGCUGUCCGCCGCCGAGUCUGGUCUGGCCACGGCCGAGACCGAGAAGGCUGCUGUCCAGGAGUCCGAGGCUGCUCUCAAGAGCAAGCUUGAGGAGGCCCAGGCUUCUCUGGCUGCUGCUGAGACUGCCGCCAAGGAUGCCGAGGCUGCCCUGAAGACUAAGCUCGAGGAGACCGAGGCCAGCCUCUCUGCCUCUGAGACUGAGAAGAAGGAGGCCAAGGACGCCGAGGCCGCUCUGAAGACGAAGCUCGAGGCGACUGAGGCCAGCCUAACCACGGCCGAGACGGAGACCAAGGAGAGCAAGGACGCUUCGGCGGCCCUGCAAACCAAGCUCGAAGCUGCCGAGGCCAGCCUCUCCACCGCCGAGGCUGCGGCCAAGGACGCUGAGGCUGCCCUGAAGACCAAGCUGGACGAGGCUCAAGCUAGCCUCGCCACUGCGGAGGGUGAGACGAAGGAGGCCAAGGAUGCCGAGACCGCCUUGAAGGCCAAGCUCGAGCAAACCGAGGCCAGUCUCGCCACCGCCGAAACCGCGGCCAAGGAGUCUGAGACUGCCUUGAAGACGAAGCUGGAUGAGGCUCAGGCCAGCCUUGCUUCCGUCGAGGCCGAGAAGAAGGAGGCCAAGGAUGCUGAGGCCGCCCUGAAGACUAAGCUGGACGAGACUGAAGCUAGCCUUGCUGCCGCCGAGAGCGAGAAGAAGGCGGCUGCUGAGAAGAGCAGUGCCUCCGAGGAGGAGCUCAAGACUAAGCUCAGCGCGGCCGAGGCCAGCCUCACGACCACCGAGACGGAGAAGAAGGAGGCCAAGGACUCCGAAGCCGCCCUGAAGACGAAGCUCGAGGCUGCUGAGGCCAGCCUAACCACCGCGGAGGGUGAGACGAAGGAGGCCAAGGACGCUUCAGCGGCUCUGCAGACCAAGCUCGACGCCGCCGAGGCCAGCCUGAAGGCAUCCGAGGCGGAAAAGACGGCUGCGGCCGACAAGCUCAAGGCGCUCGAGGAGGAGCUGAAGCAGCUCAAGGAGAAGGCCAGCGAGGCGGCCAGCGAGGCCUAA